UGAGCGCAGAAAGCCGUGGCUUGCCGCGACGCUGGAGUCCAGCGCGAGCGAACCCCGGCGGAGAGAAAGCCAAGGACAUCAUGCGGAGUGCUACCAAGCCCUGGAGUCCAGUUGCCAAGGCAGGCAGCCAUGGCCCCGACCGCACUCGGCCCCUCCCUGGGGCCUCUUCUGGCAUGAAGAGCUCCAAAUCUUCAACAUCAUUGGCCUUUGAGUCCCGACUUAGCAAGCUCAAGAGGGCCAGCAGUGAGGACAUGCUCAACAAACCUGGAAGUGCCACCUCAGCAGGGGUGGUGCGACUGAAGAAGACUGCCACCUCUGGAGCCAUCUCUGAGCUCACUGAGAGCCGCCCUAGGAGCAGCACAGGGGCUGUUCCAACAACCAAACGGACAGGCAUUCCAGCUCCACGGGAACUCUCAGUAACUAUCUCAAGAGAGAGGUCUGUGCCGCGUGGUCCCUCCAGCUCCAAGAAGUUGGGGUCUAGUCCAACUUCCUCCUGCACCCCCACUCCUACCAAGCACCUGAAGAUUACUUCAAAAGCCAAGCAAGAGCAUGAAGGUGGAGAGAAGGCUGUGCUUGAGUCUCAGGUUCGGGAACUUCUGGCAGAAGCUAAAACCAAAGACAGUGAGAUCAACAGGCUUCGAAGUGAACUAAAAAAAUGUAAAGAGAGGUGGGCCCUGAGCACUGAAGGCACCAACACUUCAGACCCAAGUGCAGAUGGGACGCCAGCCCCUUUAGGUGACCCAGAACCUUUGAUAAGAGCCCUUGAGGAAAAGAACAAGACCUUUCAAAAAGAGCUUGCUGACCUAGAGGAAGAAAACCAGGCCUUGAAGGAGAAACUGACUUACCUUGAGCAGUCACCAAAUUCAGAAGGGGCAGCAAGUCACACGGGUGGCAGCAGCUGCCCAGCAUCCAUAACCCAAGAGUCAAGCUUUGGAAGCCCAGCUGGAAAUGAGCUGUCCAGUGAAACUGAUGAGUACAGAAGAAGCACACAUGGAAGUGCGUUACGGACAUCAGGGUCUUCAAGCAGUGAUGUUACUAAAGCCUCUCUGUCACCGGAUGCUUCUGACUUUGAGCACAUCAUAGCAGAUACCCCAUCUCGGCCCUUGUCAGCCACUAGCAACCCCUUUAGGAGCUCUAAGUGCUCCCCCACUGGGAGCUCCCCCAACAACGCCAGUGAGCUGUCCUUGGCCUCCCUUACUGAGAAGAUACAAAAGAUGGAGGAGAAUCAGCACAGCACUGCAGAAGAGCUACAGGCCACUCUGCAGGAAUUAUCAGACCAGCAGCAAAUGGUGCAGGAAUUGACAGCUGAGAAUGAAAAGCUGGUGGAUGAAAAGACAAUUUUAGAGACAUCCUUCCACCAGCAUCGAGAGAGGGCAGAACAGCUCAGUCAAGAAAACGAGAAAUUGAUCAACCUUUUACAAGAGCGAGUGAAGAACGAGGAGCCCAGUGCCCAAGGAGGAAAAGUCCUCGAGCUAGAGCAAAAGUGCACAGAUAUCCUUGAGAAGAGCCACUUUGAACGAGAGAAGUUGCUCAACAUUCAGCAGCAGCUGACCUGUAGCCUACGGAAGGUGGAGGAAGAAAACCAAGAGGCGGUGGACAUGAUUAAGCACCUGAAGGAAGAAAAUGAAAAGCUGAAUGGGUUCCUAGAACUCGAACGGUAUAAUAAUAGUGUGAUGGCCAAAACUUUGGAAGAAUGUAGAGUUACCUUGGAAGGAUUGAAAAUGGAGAAUGGGUCCUUGAAGGCUCAUUUGGAGGCUGAUAAGCAAAAGGCCACGGAGGCCAGCAGUACCUCAGGGCAGAUGGCAGAGGCCUGCGAGGUUCAGGAGAUGCUGAAAGUGGCUCGAGCUGAAAAAGAUCAACUGGAACUGUCUUGCACUGAGCUCAGACAAGAGUUGCUAAAAGCAAAUGGUGAAGUUCAGCAUGUUUCAAGCCUGCUAGCCAAGAUGGAAAAGGAUUAUUCUUACCUGAAGGAGAUCUGUGAUCAUCAAGCAGAACAGCUGAGCCGAACCAGCCUAAAACUGCAAGAGAAAUCUUCAGAGAGUGAUGCAGAGAUCAAAGACAUGAAAGAAACCAUAUUUGAAUUGGAAGAUCAGGUGGAACAGCACCGCGCUGUCAAAUUACACAAUAAUCAACUCAUUAGUGAGCUGGAAAGCAACAUGAUCAAGCUGGAGGAGCAGAAGUCAGACCUGGAACGGCAGUUAAAGACCCUGACAAAGCAGAUAAAGGAGGAAACUGAGGAAUGGAGGCGGUUCCAGGCAGACUUACAGACCGCAGUGGUGGUGGCCAAUGAUAUCAAGUGUGAGGCCCAACAGGAACUUCGCACUGUGAAGAGGAGGCUACUGGAGGAAGAGGAAAAAAAUGCCAGGCUGCAGAAGGAGCUGGGGGACAUACAGGGUCACAGCAGACCUAUGAAUGAAGAGUCGGAGCCCUCAGAAGUCGAUGCUGCUGGCCGGUGGCGUGGCAUCUAUGUCAACCGAACAUCUUCAGCGCCUUCUGACUCUGCAACCACUGUAAAGUCACUGAUCAAGUCAUUUGAUCUGGGACACCCAGGUGGAUCUGGACAGAAUAUUUCUGUUCAUAAGACUCCCAGAAGUCCCCUAAGUGGAAUCCCAGUGAGGACUGCGCCAGCAGCUGCCGUUUCUCCGAUACAGAGACAUGGGACUUACAGCAGCAUGCGGCCAACCAGCAAAAGGAUGGCUCAGCACCUGGAUCUUCCAGACCUUCCCCUCUCAGAUCUUCUGAAGGGACGAGCUGAGGACAUGAAACCGGACCCUUACCUCCGAAAGAGCCCCUCACUGGAGUCCCUGAGCAGACCCUCCUCCCUGGGCUUUGGGGGCACCAGACUUCUGAGUGCAUCCACCGGGGGUCUGAAACCAAGCAAACUCAGUGUCGAAAGAAGAGACCCUUUGGCGGCCUUGGCCCGGGAAUAUGGUGGCUCCAAGCGUAAUGCACUACUGAAGUGGUGUCAGAAGAAGACAGAAGGUUAUGCGAACAUUGAUAUCACCAAUUUCAGCAGUAGCUGGAGUGAUGGCCUGGCCUUCUGUGCUCUGCUCCACACCUACCUGCCUGCCCACAUCCCAUACCAGGAGCUGAACAGUCAGGAGAAAAAAAGGAAUCUCUUAUUGGCAUUUGAAGCAGCUGAAAGUGUAGGCAUCAAACCCAGCCUGGAGCUCAGUGAGAUGCUGUACACGGACCGGCCCGACUGGCAGAGUGUGAUGCAGUAUGUGGCCCAGAUCUACAAAUACUUUGAGACGUAAACCCCAGGGCCCAGCAGCAGCAGCUGCCUCCUCAGGCUGCAGUUUGUUCUGGAAGUGCCUGUUCACCGUCCACCACACCUGCUGUGCCCAACACCUAGCCACCUCAAACCACAUGGACCAGAACUCCAGUGAGAAGCAGAGCUGGCUUCAUCACAUCCCCACCUCAGAUACAAAGGUGUCUGGAGCUUAAGCUUGGGAAUCCUUGCUCCCCAUGGGAAGUUUCUAAAGAGGACGGUCUCCUUUCUUGCACACUGGGAUCCCAAGCCAGGCUCCCUUCUGUGAGAAUCCAGUGUGUUGCUAGUCCCAUUUAGUGCCAACAUAUGAUCUACAUGGAGAGCCCUGUCACAUAGCACUUCCAGAUCACUUUGUCUUUUUCUUUUCAUUUUUCUCCUUCCUUUACUCAAAAUGCUCUAGCUUUGGCUUUUAUCAAAACUUUGUCCUUACCAACUACCCUCUCCCCAAAUAAAACAACACCCUACAAAACAAAACCAAAAGCAACUUUUGCUUCCCAGCAACCUGGAAACACACUGACCCUACCAUCUGGGAAAAUAUUCUGUUCAAUUCUAGGUAAUGUAGGCCUUAAUUACACUGUAUACAUCUCAUUGCACCUAUUUGAUUCCUUGACUGUGCAAAGGAGCUCCUGGGUACCUUGCUGAGGGACCCUGCGAGGCAUCCAACAGCUGGCAUGUGCACUGACCACAUGGCCUGAGUGCCCCGGCUUCUGUCCUGACUUUUAUUAUACUCCCAUGCACGUGGUGCACACGUGUGCACUCACACACACACACACACACUCCCAACACUUAACAGAAGUCACAUAUAUAAAGUGACCUGUGUCUACUCCUUGUACAUUUACACAGUUCCAUAGGCUGGGGGGGGUGUCCCUUGGAAUUUCGGACAGACAGAGAUAUAAACUGCAUUUCAGCUCCAAACAGACUUGAUCUUGGUACUGAUUAGGACUUUUUCAUUUGCCUAUCAAUAAGAAGCUGUGAGAAGCUGCUGCUGCUGGCUCCGUUUGCAGUAGAGCAGAGAAAUGCACUUUCCCUGAUAUCCCACUGGUUCUGUAGAGGAGUGGCACUGCUCCUCCCUAAGUGCUCAGUCUAGGUGGCUCCACUGGCUCUGGUUAUUUUUCUUGAACAAAUAAACGUGUACCUCAUAGCAAAUGAGGGUGUUCUUCACCUAGGCAGUGGGGUAUACGUCAACAUUCCAUCACUUGCUGUUUUAAGUGCCAAAUUGUCCUGUGCUGGUCCUCUGACAGAAAGACCAUCCUCAUUGUAAGUCCUGAAAGUGGUAACUGCCAUAGUUGUUGAACAUAAAUCUCUGACUGCUUAUUGGAGCACUCUGCAGGUCCAGUCCCUGCCCUAGGAGAAGCCUGGGCUCUGUCUCUCCCUCUGGGUGAUCCCUGUGCAUUGGUGACAUCGGGUACAGCAGCCCUGUUCUCAAGCUAGCAUAACCUUGUAGAGCCACAGUCUCUACCUCCCAGCUCCAUCUGUAAUUCUUGGCUGUGGCUCCAUGCAGGUCCCCUAGGGAUCCUCUAGAAACUGCACCUGACCUGUGUGGAUCAGGUGAGUUCAGAAUAGCUGGAAUGGGAACAAAAAUGGAGUCUGUAUGUAUUUCCAGUUUCUGAGACUGAUGGACAGCCAUGCAGAGGGGCAAGAACCCCACCCAGUGCAUCCUGAGCAGCCGUUUGGAGACCAGCUGUAGAACUAACUAGCCCCUUCAUUUCCAAAUGGAAGUUUGAAGCUCAUUUGGAACACAGGCUGGUCUUGUGUUGCUUCCUGCACCUGUCGUUUGUUGACAUACCUGCUGGUGUGUCCUCACUGUCUCCAAGUUGCUGCUUUGUCCAGCUAGCACAGCAGGAAAAAGUCCCACACAGCUGGAUGGAGCUACAGGGCUACUGUUUCUUCAGGGCUUAUCAGGGCCUCCUGUGAACAGACCUCAGUUAAGGCCUUGGGAUUCCAGGCAGUUUAGCCUAAUGCCAUUUUCAGUGGUGCUGUGUAAGGAUCUGCUGUGGCUCUGAAAGCAGUCCCCAUGUGAGCCUCCAGAGGCCCUGCAGUUCCUCUCCUCCACUUUGGGGCCCAGCCUUGCUCUUGUGGGAACCCAUGUGGCUAAAGACUGACCAAACACGAUUGUUCUUGUGGGUAUCCUCCUUUAGAUUUUGCCAAAGUUCUUUUUGUCAGGAGCAUAGAAGACGAUGGUGUUCUGAGGAACAACCUCUCCCUAGCCCUUCCCCCUUCAAAACCCAUUCUGAUCCUGUGUUUUCACUAUUCAGUUGCUUUGCAGCUUUUUUAGACCAUCCAAAACACAAGCCAUGGCCAGAACACAGAAACACGUGAACUGACAAGCACAGUUGCCACCACCUGUGAUCCCAGUAUUCUGGAGGCUGCAGCAGGAUGGUCACUUGAACCUGGGAAUUUGGGACCAGUCUGGGCAGCAGAUGAGAACGCCCCUCUCCCCCAGAGACAGAGAUAGAGAGAUCCCAAAGCAAUUAGCCAUCUAACAAUAAUAUCUUCCAUGUUCUCUUCCUGCCAUCCACAAGCACCAGCCGCAUUGCAGUCUCUGACUUCCCUCUUCCUCGCAGCAUGUCACAACCUAUGGAGAUGGAAAACACAGGCCCUUAGGGACAAACCCACCUGCCAAACCUAACAAUUCUUAACUAUUUCAGUUUGAGUACCAUUUUGAGAUGCCCUACCACUAACAUGAGUAAAAUAAACUUGCAGCCUUUUUAAGAGAAGUAUUUUUAAUAUCUGUGUCUGCCACAGUUCCCUGGAUGUUUAUGUUCUCUGACUAUGGUUGGAAUUUUGCAGAAUCUAGACCAUCUUGAGUAGCGCACUGAUUUUAACUACAUUAGUUGAAUGCACUUGAUACAUCUGUGGCUUUGUGUCUAUCAAGAGCACAGGGUUGGCACCAAGCACUAUCAGGACAUGACAUGCUGACAUGUGUGUAACUCCUAACAUAGAAGUGUAAGGUGUGCCACUGUGUAAUAUUUCUAAUAAAUAUAUUUUGUU